CCAGGUCUGAGACAAAGGUUGGAUCCAGCCACACCUGGGCUCCUCUCUGAGAAGCAGCUUAGAAAGCAAGGGGGUCCAAUCUGAAUCUCCCAGGGUUGCCUUACACGGCUUGUGACACUCAGUCACCCUCACAGUAAAGAAAUGUUUCUUGAUGUUCAGGCAGAACCGCCUUUGUUUCACUUUGUGCCCAUUGCCUCUUGUCCUGUCAUUGAACACCACUGAAAAUAGCUUGGCUCUAUCUUCUUUGCACUCUCCCUUCUAAUAUUUGUAUACAUUGAUUAGAUCCCUCUGAGCUUUCUCUUCUCUAGGAUGAACAGCCCCAGGUCUCUCAGCCUUUCCUCAUAUGUGAGAUGCUCCACUAUAUGCCGAGCAGUACAGGCAGUACUGCUAGCCAGAGGCUUUUUGUUUUCUGUGUGUGGGGUUGCCCUCUCUCCAUUGCUUGCAUGCUUUAGUCAUAAACUUUUUAAAGAAGGAAAAAAAAAUUAAGAUUAGCGGAGCUCUGCCUGAGCUCAGCGCCAGGCUCUUGACUGCUGCAACAUCUAUCACUGCCACUGCUGGGAGUGGGGGCAAGUAGAGUCUGGGGAAAGAAGGGAGAAAGGCCUGGGAGAGGGAUGUUCCCAAGCACCUCAAGUGCUGUAUGAUGCAGGACAUCUUUCCCCUUCCAAGGGAUACCCAAGGCUGAGACCUGCUGGUGCAGCUGAAUGCUGGCAAUGGGAGUGGGAUGGAAGGAAAAAAGUGGAGAAGGGAAGGAGUGGGGAGAACAAAAAGAGAAAAGUUUGUGUCUGGUGGGGAUGAGGCCCUCCCCUGGUUGUCACAUUCUGUCCUGUGCAGGAGGUGGUGUUCCAGAAAAGCACCAGCCCCCUCUGCUGCCUUGGGAUCAGUGGUCUGGAAGUGGGAAGAUGCAGGGCUGGCUGCAAGCUGAGCACUCUUCUUUCUCACCAUGUACAAUUUAUGCUAGGCUGGUGAGGCCAAUGACAGAGGCCGAUGGCAGAGGAGGGAGGAAGGAAGCAAUUUUUUCCCUGAGAGCAGGCAGACCAGCGUUAGGGAAUAGAGGACUUGCUUCUUCCCUACACAGGGAGAGGGAAAAGCGCACACAUACAGAAAGGCGAAUCUAAUACAUGAACAGGCACCCGCGGGAAAUCACCCUCCUCUUCCGGUCAGGACAGGGAUUGCGAAGUGGACCUUGGCGUCAUGUACCUAGGGGGCCAAGACGACAGGGGAAGGACAGAAGGGCGAGGGGGGGGAAGGACUUCACUGAUUUGGAUACCCUUUUAUUUCUCUCCCCUGGUGUAGGGCUGUUAUUGUUUCCAGGGCGGAGGCGGGCGUGAGAGAGGUAUAAUAGCCUCCUAUGCUGCCUUUGUUUUCUCUCUUGCACUGAGCCCUAGCCCUUUGAGUCGUGAGGCACAGCUAAUCGCCUCCUCUGACGAGCUAGCAGGCUCAGCCCCCGCCCAGUGCCCCUGAGACUGUAGCGGGGGGACGAGAGGUGGCAGCCCCCUUGCCCCACCACUGCUACUUCUCAGGGGAGGGGAGACCGAAAGGAAGUUUGUUGCCGUGCCCACCACCCCUCGUGCGCUGUCAGGGUAGUUGGGACACCGUCCGCAGCCAAGUGCUCGCAAUCUUGCGCUGUGCAGUCCGACUCCCGCCUCUUCCGCCUGCCCGCGUAACCACGACCGGGAAUCCGCAAAGUCCGGGAAGGACGGCCUUUAAGAUCGAUCGGAUCCCUUUAGCCAGAAGGGAGAAGCCGUUAAGGAAGUUGGCUCACCAGCAGAUUGGUGUCUCCUUCCGCCGUCUCCCUCCUCCUUCGCUGUCUCCCCCCGCCGCCUUCUCCUCCUCCGCUUCCCCCGUCACUGUCGCAGCCGUCGCCUCCCCUCCAGCUCCCUUCCUCCUCCUGGAGCCCCCCCCCCCAAUCCACUCCAGCUUCCUCAGCUUCGCCAUGAACGGGCGCGCCGCUCAUUUCCAGCAGCCGCUGCCACCCCUACACAGGCCGAGCCUCCUGGAACAAGGAACUCGGAAUCAGGGCAGAGGAAGACACAUCACUGCACCGGGCACCAGAGCCCCUGUGUCAGGUAGCAUUGGGGCUUCAUUUCAAUGCCAGUCAAUCCAUCAAGAUCACAUUUGCAGCAAUGAAAGUGACAAGAGCGAAGAUAGUUCAAGUCCCAAGAGACAACGGCUUUCUCAUUCAGUCUUUGACUACACAGCAGCAUCAUUAACUACAUCACCACCGAUGCGACCAUGGGAGAUGGCAUCAAAUACGCAGCCUCCUUUGGCUUGGUCCAACCGACGUCGCUUAUCUGAGGAACGCUGCAGCACACCUGCACAAAGCAGGAGGAGUCCUCCUGUUCGCCAUCAGAGAGCAAGAAGGGAUUGUCUUUCUCGACACAAUUCUUUUAGCCAAGGUGAAAACUACCACCAUCGCUCCUAUGGACAGCAGCAAGCAAUAGAAGAGCCCCAAGCUUUUAACCCUCCAAAUAUAUCCCAUCGUAUGUUGCACCCAGCUGCUCACCCACCACAGCAGAACACAGUGAUGGUUGACAUUCAUGAUCAGAUCCAGCAGGGCGCAGUCCCUGUCUCAUACACAGUGACAACGGUGGCGCCGCAUGGAAUUCCACUUUGUACAGCCCAGUGCAUACCACCCUGCAGCACACAGCAGGUCCCAGGUUGUUCUGUGGUAUUCAGUGGACAGCACUUUCCUAUCUGUAGCAUGCCUCCUCCAAUGCUUCAGGCGUACUCAGUCCGACAUCUACCAGUACCAUACGCAGCGUUCCCACCUCUGAUUUCUAAUGACCCAUUCCUUUUGCAUCCUUCUCACCUCUCUCCACAUCACCCGUCUCACCUGCCACCUCCAGGGCAAUUUGUUCCCUUCCAAACACAGCAAUCACAUUCACCACUUCAAAGGAUAGAGAAUGAAGUAGAACUGCUUGGAGAACAUCUUCCUAUUGGAAGCUUUACCUACCCUCCAUCAGCUCAUCCACCAACAUUGCCUUCCUCAGCUCCUAUCCAAUUCUUAACCCAUGAUCCUUUACAUCAAGAGGUUUCAUUUGGAGUUCCUUACCCACCUUUUAUGCCUCGAAGAGUCACAGGGCGCAGUAGAUACCGAUCACAGCAACCACACUCAUACCAUCCCAGUCUAUUACCAUAUGUGCUAUCAGUGCUUCCAGUGCCACAUGCAGUUGGACCAGCUUUCAGUUUUGAGUUGGACAUGGAAGAUGGAGAGGUGGAAAACUACGAGGCACUACUGAAUUUGGCAGAACGUCUAGGAGAAGCCAAACCUCGAGGACUGACAAAGGCAGACAUUGAACAGCUUCCAUCUUACAAGUUCAAUCCAAGCAAUCAUCAAUCAGAACAGACAUUGUGUGUAGUGUGUAUGUGUGACUUUGAGGCAAGGCAGCUACUUAGAGUCUUACCCUGUAACCAUGAAUUUCAUGCCAAGUGUGUUGAUAAAUGGCUUAAGGUAAAUAAAAUCUGUGUUGGAUGCAAUUUAUAA